AGAACAGUGAAAUAUCGAAUUUCCGACAGUCCGUGAAGCGGUAUUUACAGCAGCAGCAGCAGAUUCAGUCAGCGUCGCUCCGUGACAACAACAGGCUACCUCCCUCUGUCCUGUCAUGCUGCACAGCUAUGGGACACGGGAAACAACACUAUGAAGCAAUCUAAAAUUAAAGCCAUAAAAUCAAGAUCACCAUGGGAUCCAGAGUUACAGUGAAGACCACCGCAACUAUGAGGAAUAAAACAUGCUAGAAGGGUUCAGUCCACCUCAGGUCCACUGGAAGGGCAGUUUUUGCCCCAGAAGCUGUGGUGUGUCCUCAUGUGGCACUACUGACUCACAGCAAGGAGCCGCCUGAAGCUGAAUCUGCCCCUGCGCCAUGACUUCCUCGGAUGAUGAUGAAACCGGGAGCGACCUGUCUGAGUCUCUGAUAAUCCCUGACCUCCAGGACCAGUAUAUGGACCAAGAGAUCUGCUUCAAGUCCAAAAGCUUACCCAUCCUGAAUGAACCAUACCAGCAGGAUUGCAAUGCUGUAGAGUCUCGGCUCAUCAACACCGGCCCCAGCUGUGUGGCUGUGGAUGAGAGUAACAAGCUCCAGCCAAAGACUCUGGAUUCCAGGCAGGUGGAGUCGACAUAUUCCCAGACAGACUUUUCUCUCUCUGUCUCCAGCGUGGUUUGCCUCAGCAGUUCUGUACCUAUGGAGGACCACAGGGCAGCAAACUCUGGUGGCGUAAAGCUCGGCUUCACUCUCAUUCGCCUUAGCCACAUCCCGGCGAGGAAGUAUGUGCACGUUAUUCUGAGGGAUUCACGUUGCUUCUUGUUCUGUAUGUGCUACCUGACCUUCAUUCAGUCCCUGAUGGUUUCAGGCUACCUGAGCAGCGUCAUCACCACCAUUGAGAAGCAGUACAGUCUCCGUAGCUCAGAAUCCGGGCUGCUGGUCAGCUGCUUUGACAUUGGUAGUUUGCUGGUGGUUGUCUUCAUCUCUUACUUUGGUGGCAGAGGUCAGAGGCCACGAUGGUUAGCUGUUGGCGGUCUGGUCAUUGCUGUUGGAGCGGCAUUAUUCUCACUGCCCCACUUCAUCUCACCACCUUACCAGAUCCAGGAGAUGAACUCAUCAGCGAGCCAUGAGGGCCUCUGCCUCAGCAGUAAUAACAGCGGGCGCGAGCUGUCCAACAUGGAGUCAUGCCCAUGGGAUCAGGAGGGUAAUGAGCACAACCUUUAUGUGGCUUUGUUCAUCUGCGCUCAGAUACUUGUGGGUAUGGGGUCCACACCAAUCUACACCCUGGGGCCCACCUACUUGGAUGACAACGUGAAGAAAGAAAACGCAUCUCUGUACUUGGCCAUCAUGUAUGUGAUGGGAGCCCUGGGACCCGCAGCUGGCUACCUGCUCGGAGGCGUCCUUAUCGGCUUCUAUGUGAAUCCCAAAACUGUCGUCAGCAUUGACCAGAGUGAUCCCCGCUUUGUUGGCAACUGGUGGAGUGGCUUUCUCUUGUGUGCAAUAGCCAUGCUGCUGGUCAUCUUUCCUAUGUUUGCCUUCCCGAAAAAGUUGCCUCCACGUCACAAAAAGAGGAAGAAGAAAAAGAUUUGCUCACCUGGUGAUGUCUCCAGUGAUGAUGAUGUGAUGAAGGAAAAGUCUGGUAACAAGACUCAGAACGUCUCCUCCUCUAUGGGCUUUGGGAAGGACAUCAAAGACCUCCCCAAGGCAGCACUGAGGAUCCUCAGCAACAUGACCUUCCUGUUUGUAAGCCUGUCCUACACUGCUGAGUGUGCCAUCGUCACCGCUUUCAUCACCUUUAUUCCCAAAUUUAUUGAGUCACAAUUUGGUAUCCCUGCUUCCAAAGCCAGUAUCUACACCGGUGUGAUCAUCGUACCCAGUGCGGGUGUGGGGAUUGUGUUGGGGGGCUACAUCAUCAAGAAACUGAAGCUCGGUGCCAGAGAGUCGGCCAAACUGGCCAUGAUCUGCAGCGGAGUGUCUCUGCUCUGUUUCUCCACACUCUUCAUAGUGGGUUGUGAGAGUAUCAAUCUAGGAGGCAUCAACAUCCCUUACACCACAGGUCCGACACUGACGAUGGCCCACAGGAACCUGACAGGCAGCUGCAACGUGAACUGCGGCUGUAAGAUCCAUGAGUACGCUCCGGUCUGCGGUUCUGAUGGCAUCACAUACUUCAACCCAUGUCUGGCUGGAUGCAGCACCGUGGGCAACGACAGCACCGGCAUGAGGAACUAUACAGACUGCGGCUGCGUGCAAAGCAGACAGGUCAUUACACCGUCAUCUGGCAGCCAAGUCAACCAGCUCCAGCUGGUCAUUGUCAAAACCUACCUGAAUGAGAAUGGCUACGCUGUGUCAGGGAAAUGUGACCGCACCUGCAACACACUCAUCCCCUUCCUCAUCUUCCUCUUCAUCGUAACUCUCAUCACCGCCUGUGCGCAGCCCUCUGCCAUCAUUGUCACACUCAGGUCUGUUGAUGAGCAGGAGAGGCCAUUUGCUCUCGGGAUGCAGUUUGUUUUGCUGCGGACGCUCGCCUACAUCCCCACGCCCAUCUACUUUGGUGCUGUCAUUGACACCACUUGCAUGUUGUGGCAGCAGGACUGCGGCGUGCACGGCUCAUGCUGGGAAUAUGACGUCACCUCCUUUCGCUUUGUCUACUUCGGCCUGGCUGCCAGCCUCAAGUUUGUAGGCUUUGUCUUCAUUUUCCUCACCUGGUACUCAAUCAAGCACAAGGAGCUGCGAGCGGACCGCUGGCGCCAGCACAUGGCACCUCUGGGCACCGUCAGUGAGCUCAUAUGCCACGCAGGCGGCCAGAAAAACCACGCCCGCACCCGCUCCUGCCCCAUGGUCAUCUCACCCCGGCCUGACGCACCCACCGCCCUGCUGCUCAACCGUGGUCACAGCAGCCUCAGUUGCCCUGGUAAUGCCCUUAAAGCAAUAACCCCACCCAUCCUGUUGCCACACAACCACAGAGGCUCUGCCCACAUCUGUGAACACACCUAACCUCCCUCUUGGGGAUCAUUGCGACAUGUGCCUUUGUGUUUCUGCCCCACACGGUCUGCUGUACACCAGUCAGACACCAGGUGGCACGCCAAGGCUUCUGCAGACACAUGUGUGCUGACUACCCUUAAAGGGCUGGUCAUUGUCGUCAAUGGUAACAGGAAGAUUGAAGAAGAUCCAGGUCUUCUUCAUUUCUGAGAACAUCGUCUGCUGCAGCCACAGGUCAGUCCUCCUCCAUGUGGAGACGUUCCAUGGUGCUACUGUUAAAGGGCAGGGCAUUAAACCACUGACCCGUAGGAACAGACCGAUGACUCAGACGCACCGUCUAAAGCACAACUGACAAACUGGUACUAUGCAAGAUCCUGUGUACAGCUCCUCGAUAUUUUACCUCUAUCAUUAUCUGCAUCUCUGCACCGUUCAAACACACGUUGUCGGCUGAGCUGUGAACUCAUCAGCCCCCAUUUGUAUUUGAGUCAUUCCACAUGUGUAAUUAGAAUCGACAGAAAGCUCUUUUAACUCUUUUCUUUUCUUUCUUUCUUUGUAACAGUGCCUCUCUGAGGCUGACCGGCCAAUUCAGUACAAACCUAGUUACCGAAAUCCAGUCACUGUCCGCUGUGUUGAGCGAAAAAAGUUCUAGUUUGUUGCUCUCCGAUGUUGAUAUUGAAUCAGUACGCGGUGAUCCGUGUCUGUGGCAAAUAUUUAAAGCUGACAAGCAACCAGUGUUGCCAUAUAGGACGUCUACAAAGC